AUGCCCAACGCAACCGACAUCCCCUCCUUCGCCACCACCCAACUCGCCCUCCUCUCCGCCGAGCUGACCGCCGAGCUCGCCGAAACCCACCUCCUCCUGUCCUCCACCGGGCCCGCCGCCCUCGCGCGCGCCGGCCUCGCGAUCCUCAACCUGGCCCUCUCCUCCCAACGCACCGGGCUCGGCGGCAAGACUGUGAUCGAACUCACGCUCGAUGCUGCGUUUGCGCCAAAAGGACCUAGAGGAAGUGGUGGGAGCAAGGGUAAUGAUGGCGGGCAGGAUCUCCCCGAGCAUGGGAUCCGCGUGGGCGACAUCGUGGCCGUGAGCGAGCAGCCGGCGGGCGCGGCGAAGAAGAAGGAGAAGACGGGGCUGAAGGAGAAGGGGGUUGAGGGGGUUGUGGGGAAGGUGGGGAGGGAGCGGGUGGAGGUGGUGUUGGGGAGAGGUUCGGGGGAUGGGAAGGAGGAGGAGAGGAUGAACCAGAACAUGACUAAACUCCUCAAUAUGACCUCCUCGGAAAUGACCCCGUUUAUUUCGACACUGUUCGGCCACUCCUCGCCCACGCCUGUCCCGUCGGACCUCUCCACCAUGAAAAUCGAGUGGAUUGACCCGUCGCUCAACGACUCCCAGAAAGACGCCAUCCGCUUCGCCCUCGCCUCGCGGGAGGUCGCGCUCAUACACGGCCCCCCUGGCACCGGGAAAACGCAUACACUCAUCGAGUUGAUAUUACAGAUGCUGAAGCAAGGCCUACGGUUGCUGGUGUGCGGGCCCUCGAAUAUCUCAGUGGAUAACAUCGUAGAGAGGCUAGCAAGUCACAAAGUGCCGAUGAUACGGCUGGGGCAUCCAGCGCGCUUACUACCCUCGGUAUUGAACCACUCUCUAGAUGUGCUAACUCGAACAUCGGAUGCAGCGGAGAUCGUGCAGGACAUCCGCAAAGAGAUGGACGCGAAACAGGCUUCUAUCCGCAAAACCAGAAAUGGAAGGGAGAAGAGGACGAUCUACAACGAGCUGCGGGAGCUACGUAAGGAGUUCAGAGAGCGGGAGAAGGGGUGUGUGGAGGGGUUGGUGAGGUCGAGUAAAGUGGUGCUGGCGACGUUGCAUGGUGCGGGCGGCUUCCAUCUUCGGAACCAGGAAUUCGAUGUCGUGAUUGUGGAUGAGGCGAGUCAGGCGCUCGAGGCGCAGUGUUGGGUGCCGCUGCUGUGGUUGAAGGCGAGUCGGUUGGUGCUGGCCGGUGAUCAUUUGCAGUUGCCGCCGACGAUUAAGAGCUUGAAUUCGAAGGAGAGUAAAGCGAAAAAGAAAGAGGAGAAGGGGAAGAAGGAUGGGGAGAAGGAGGAGGGAGAGGGGAAGGUUAUCAAGGGCAUGACGUUGGAGACUACGCUGUUCGAUCGCCUGCUGGAACUACACGGCCCGUCGAUCAAAAGGAUGCUAACGACGCAGUAUCGGAUGCAUGAGACGAUUAUGAGGUUUCCGUCCGAUGAGCUGUAUGAAGGGAAGCUUGUCGCUGCGGAAGCUGUCAAAGAACGGCUACUUACAAGCCUGCCGUAUGAAGUUAAAGAAACAGAAGACACCAAGGAGCCGUUAGUGUUCUGGGACACACAAGGCGGUGACUUCCCGGAGAAGACGGAGGACGAAGAAAUUGGGAAGAAAGCCGGCAAGGGCAUGAAUCUCGGAGAGAGCAAGAGUAAUGAGCUCGAAGCGGCGCUGGUCAAACUGCAUGUCACCAACCUCGUCGAAGCGGGAUUGAAACCAGAAGACAUUGCCAUAGUGACGCCGUAUAAUGCGCAGGAGCGCUUCCCAGGCAUUGAGCUAGGCAGCGUCGACGGCUUCCAGGGCCGCGAGAAAGAGGCCGUAGUGGUGUCGCUGGUGCGCAGCAACGCAGAGCAUGAGGUAGGCUUCCUUGGCGAGAAGCGGCGACUGAACGUCGCCAUGACACGGCCCAAGAGACAUCUCUGCGUAAUUGGGGACUCGGACACAGUCGGCAGGGGCUCCCCGUUCCUCAAGCGGUGGAUGCUGUUCCUCGAGGAGCACGCAGACCUACGGUAUCCCAACGUGAGCGACGUGUACGUGGACGACGGAUAG